ACAUGAAAUUCUAAAGCUCAAACCAUACCGCCGGCAACUUUCUCCGACGCCGUCGCCAUGGUUUCCUUAUUAUUCCAACCCUCUCUCUCAUCAUUCCACAGUAAACCCAGUUCAGUUCAUCACCAACCAUCCAAAUCCUACUCACACAUAAUCAAAUGCACAAAAUCCGAUUUCUCAGCCCAAUAUGUUCCCUUCAUCCCCGACCACAAACUUCACACAACCGACGAAUCUUAUUCCCUCGACGAAGUCAUAUACAGAAGCCUCUCCGGCGGCCUCCUCGACGUUCAACACGACAUCGACGCCCUCCGCCGCUUCGACGGAUCAUAUUGGCGAAACCUGUUCGAUUCCCGUGUAGGUAAAGCAAUUUGGCCAUACGGCUCCGGCGUUUGGUCUAAGAAAGAAUGGGUGUUACCGGAAAUCGACAAUGAUGAUAUCGUAAGUGUAUUUGAAGGAAAUACGAAUCUUUUCUGGGCUGAGCGUUUUGGAAAACAGUUUGUGGGUAUGGAUGAUUUAUGGGUAAAACAUUGUGGAAUCAGUCAUACAGGUAGUUUUAAGGAUUUGGGUAUGACAGUUUUAGUCAGUCAAGUCAAUCGUCUACGUAAGAUGAACCGUCCGAUCGUCGGCGUUGGUUGUGCUUCCACCGGAGACACUUCCGCCGCCCUGUCUGCUUACUGCGCCGCCGCCGGAAUUCCAUCUCUAGUGUUCCUUCCAGCUAACCGUAUUUCAUUAGCGCAGUUAGUUCAACCGAUCGCGAAUGGAGCUUUCGUUAUCAGCAUCGAUACCGAUUUCGACGGUUGUAUGAAGCUGAUAAAAGAAGUAACAUCCGAAUUACCAAUUUACUUAGCGAAUUCUCUUAACAGUCUGAGAAUCGAAGGUCAGAAAACGGCUGCCAUUGAAAUUCUUCAGCAAUUCGAAUGGGAAGUUCCCGAUUGGGUAGUCAUACCAGGUGGAAACCUGGGUAACAUCUACGCGUUCUACAAAGGAUUCAAAAUGUGUAAAGAUUUAGGACUUGUGGAUCGAAUCCCACGUCUGGUUUGCGCACAAGCGGAGAAUGCGAACCCACUUUAUCUGUACUACAAAUCUGGAUGGAAAAACUUUGAAUCGGUGAAAGCGAUGAAUACAUUUGCAUCCGCGAUUCAGAUUGGAGACCCUGUUUCGAUAGACAGGGCUGUUUUUGCGUUGAAGAAUGCGGAUGGGAUUGUGGAGCAAGCGUCGGAGGAGGAACUGAUGGAUGCAAUGGCGCAGGGUGAUUCGAGUGGGAUGUUUAUAUGUCCGCAUACUGGUGUGGGUUUAGCUGCUUUGAUUAAGCUGAGGAAGAAUGGAGUAAUUGGAGCGAGAGAUCGGACUGUGGUGGUGAAUACGGCGCAUGGGUUGAAGUUUACUCAGGCGAAGGUGGAUUAUCAUUCGGAUGCCAUUAAAGAUAUGGUUUGUAGAUUUAGAAAUCCUCCUGUGGAGGUUAAGCCGGAUUUUGGGUCGGUGAUGGAUGAGUUGAGGAAGUUCUUGAAUCAAUCUUCAAAGUAGGUCAAUUAUAUUAUUCAGAUUCUUAUUCUAUUAUUGUUAAGCUUUUAAAAACCGUUUCGGUUAUCAACCCGGUUUUUUUUCUGUACUUCGUCCGACCGGUUCAAGUUUAAACCGGA